AUGGAUCAUUCCGGUCAAUAUAUGGCCGGCGUCAAUGGCUCUGGUCGAGCAAUUGACUUUGUAGUGUCAAUUCUUGUUUCACUUUAUUCACUAGCUUCUUCUGUUCUAAUAUUUAAUGAGACAUAUUUCUCUGAUUGGGAUGAACAGAUUCAGUUUCACCUUGGUGUUCUGGAUCUUGACUUAGCACUACGAAUGGAUAAACCAACUACUAUUAUUGAAACAAGCAGUUCGGAGCAGCAAGAUUUGUCUAAGUCAUGGGAAAGAUCGAACAUAUUAAGCAUUAUGUUUAUGCGAAUGUGUAUUGCAAAUAACAUUAAAUCAAUGCUUCCUCAACUUAAAAAUGCAAAGGAAUAUAAAAAUGCAAAGAAAUAUCUUAAGGCUAUGGAAGAUAGGUUUUGUUCAGCAGACAAAUCCCUUGUAGGGAGAUUAAUGGCUAAACUUACCACCAUGAAGUUUGAUGGUAGUAGAGGAAUGAAUGAACAUGUCCUUGAAAUGACUAAUCUAGCUGCUAGAUUGAACUCACUGGGAAUGAAUGUGGACAGUUAUGUUCUUUUGGAUCCUUCUUCAUUUCUGCUUUAUCCUGAUGGGCGAUACCGCGAAGCAUCUUAG